AUGCGAAGGUUGGGUGUAAAUCUGGAACAGUUGGUGCUAAUUGUGAGCAUCAGUGUCGAUACCCAGGCUAUGGAGAAGGAUGCCAACUACACUGCAAUUGUGCCAAAGAACAUUGUAAUCACAUUAGUGGAUGUGUUGAAGAUUGCCGAAUUGGAUAUAUUGGUAUUAAUUGUACCCUACCCUGUCGCUACCCAAGCUAUGGAGAGGAUUGUCAGGCAAAAUGUGAUUGUGAAGAACAGUAUUGUCAUCACUCUAAUGGGUGUCAGCUUGUCAGCCUUUGGGCGUGUCCACCGGGUUACACAGGAAAGAAAUGUCAACAAAACUGCACUUAUCCGUCUUAUGGUGUCAAUUGUCAGUCAAUAUGUGACUGUAUGGAAGAAUGGUGUGAUUAUGUUACUGGUUGUGAAGUUACAAACAAAAAAUCCAGUCCAAUCCUUAGCACUAUGCCACCAAAAAGGAAGAGAGAUAUCAGAGGGGAGAUGGUGUCGCCAUCCAGGGGCAGAGGGCACAAAAAGCCUCGCCAUUCUCCCAGGCUGCAAAGGUCUGGAGCGCAAAGGAACGAUCAUCCCCCCCCCCCACCAUGCCGAACCAGAGACUGCAGGGAGUGAUGCUUCACCUGACAGUGAUUUGGGGGAAUUCGCACCACCAAUCAUUGAUGCAGAUUCAAGCACGUCUGCAGGAGGUGCGGAGGCAAGCAUCCGGCCACAACCUGUUCCACCAAGUCAGCUGUAUAAACUGGGCAAGACCCCAAUUAAACUAGACAAAAUUUUUUUCCAUACACAAAAUUAUUCUGAUCAUCAAUUCUUAAGGGAAGGUUUUCAACAUGGUUUUAAAUUACAGUAUUUUGGCCCUAGAUCACCCAGGUUUUCUAAGAAUCUUACAAGUUUGGACAAACAAUAUCCAGUUGCAGAGCAAAAGAUUUACAAAGAAGUCUCAUUGGGGAGGGUUGCGGGUCCCUUCAAAGAACCACCUUUUCCAACAUUACAAGUUUCUCCUUUAGGUCUUGUACCUAAAAAAGACGGUGACUACCGCCUAAUUCACCAUUUGUUGUAUCCAGAAUCUGCUUCAAUAAAUGAUUUCAUUGACACAGAACAGAGCUCAGUAACCUAUUCAACCAUAGAUGAUGCUGCCGCCAUUAUUGCAAAAUUAGGUCGGGGGGCUUUUCUGGCGAAGUCGGACAUUAAAUCAGCCUUUAGGUUGCUACCAGUGAACAGCACUGAUUUCGACUUGUUAGGUUAUCACUUCAAUGAUGGUUUUUAUUACGACAAGAUACUACCUUUCGGUUGUAAAAUAAGUUUUGCAAUUUGGGACAGGUUUGCUGGCUUUCUGCAUUGGCUUAUACAGGAUUGCUCAAAAAAUGCCUCAAUCCUGCAUUAUCUAGAUGACUUUCUUUUCUGUGGCAAAGAACUUUCCAUUUGCAAAAAUACGUUAGACACUUUUCUUUAUCUGUGCAACGAUCUAGGGGUCCCUAUUGCAAACGAGAAAACCGUAUAUCCAACGCAGGUUCUUACGUUCUUGGGCAUUGAGUUUAAUACGGUGGAAAUGAUCAUGAGGUUACCGUUGGUAAAAAUUGAUGAAAUCAAACAAAAGAUUCUCGACAUUAUGGCACUUAAGAAGGUUACUCUUAAGCAACUUCAGUCUUUAUUGGGUUUGCUAAAUUUUGCAUGUAGAGUUAUAGUUCCAGGUAGAGCUUUCUGUCGACGUUUGAUUGAUGCAACAAUUGGCCUUAACAAACCACAUCACCAUACCCGGGUAACUUUAGAAAUGAAAGCAGACCUCAAAGUCUGGCUUGACUUCCUCCAAUCAUUUAAUGGCAUUUCAGUCAUUACCGAAGGUAUAUGGGUGAAUAAUGAGACUCUACAACUCUACACUGAUAGUGCAGGGGGGAGAUACGGGGGGCUUUGGUAUAUAUUUUGCAGGCCCAUUUCCUGGUUUGUACAAGGCAUAACCCGUGACAUGACCUUUUUAGAGCUUUUCCCGGUCCAUGUAGCUAUUGAAUUGUGGAAACAUCAAUUCUCCAACAAUAGAAUUUUGUUUUACAUUGACAAUAUGGCGGUGGUACAUGUCAUCAACUCGACAACAUCAAAGUCAGAAAGGGUCAUGAAAAUUUGGGGCAAAUUCCGACGGCUAGCACCGGCAGCAGAUCCAUGGCCAACACCACUUCCCAAGAAUAUGUGGGAAAUUUAA